GUGGAGCGGUACACAUCGUCGCACGUCGUGAACGUGACUAACCGGCCCGCCCUUACGUGACAUCACGUAACGUCUGCAGUGUAAAUUAUACAGUGACAUCAGUUGAUACGUGUGACAGUUUCUAGUUUACGAAGGAUUAUUGUUACCUAAGACUAACUGAGUCAUCGAGUGGCGUUUAAGAAGGUUAAUUAGUGAAUAUUAAGUAAUUUUUAUGGGAAGAAACAAAUUAUUGUAUGGAACUGUAAUUUAAUCAUUGAAGAUGAUAUUGUGUACGAUGCUUUCUUUACAAUAUGAAUACGUAUCCCAUAAAAACACAUCAUAACAUUUAAAAACCAUAGGUUAUUUAUUAGUUAUAACUAAACAAUUCUUAAAUAGAAAAAUCAAUUAAAUAAAUAAAUAAAAACUAUUUGUUUACAAGUUUUUAUGACAGUUUCAUUUUUCAUUUAACGAGCAGUGAUUUGAACGACGUUUUAAGCAAGUUUCGUCUGCCUUCCUCCGUUGCAGUAGCACGCCCACGGAACUGGCAGUGUACUUAACCGCAAUUAUACAUCGACAGACGGAAUUGGCCGUAAUGAGGGGAAUGUUGGAGGUCAAAUGGUGUUAACAGUGUUCCGACUCCCACAACGGAUGUGUCUGUGCCAGGUCCGUGUCAGAGUGUCGUGUCAAGUGUCAUAGUCAUGAAAUCCUUCGUUUCAAACUUUGGGCUUCUGGCCUGCUUCGUCGCCGCUGUGUCAUUCUUGGAUACUACGUUCGCUCAAGGACCGCCGCAGGUAGUACAGGCGGUAGUGAAGGGAUCAGCAGUUCUUCCCUGUGACAUGACAGCUCCCGUGGCCAACGACAGCGUCCUUCUGGUCGUCUGGUACAAGAGUGAUAUGCGGCCGAUAUACAGUUAUGACCUCCGCAAGAAGGACCUGAAAGACAACCACUGGCACGACAGAGACACACUGGGUGGUCGGGCCUACUUCAGGACCAUGUCCGAGCCUGCUGGUCUGGUGAUCGACACAGUAGAGCUGACAGACGAGGCGGACUACCGCUGCAGAGUAGACUUCAGGAAGUCUCCGACCAGGAACUACAAGGUCAAACUUAUCGUCACAGUUCCUCCAGAGAAGCCUUACAUAAUUGAUGACAGAGGGAAGGAAAUUCAGGAGCUUGCAGGCCCGUACGAAGAAGGGUCUGAAAUGAAUCUACGUUGUAUUGUAAAAGGAGGCCAACCGCCGCCGGUAGUUAAGUGGUGGCGAGGACCCACACUGCUGGAGGCCCGAGAGACCAACAGUUCACGCGACCUCAGUGUGAGGGAGAGUAGGUUGUUGGUGCGACGUUUGGACCGCAGUGAUCUCCACGCCACCUACACCUGCACAGCAAGCAACAACAACGUCACUACCCCUGUGUCUGCUGCCGUCCGCGUAGAGAUGCAUUUCAAACCACUGAGCGCGCAGAUACUGACGAGCUACGUGCCUCUGUCUGCUGAAAGGAAGGUUGAGAUCGUUUGUCAGGCCAUAGGAUCACGACCUCCCGCCAAAAUCAGCUGGUGGAAGGACAACAAACACCUUGAUGAUUACACUGAAACGGUAUCGACUGACGGAAACGUGACAAUAUCCACAUUGAUGUUCAAACCAACGUUGCUGGACCAUGAGAAGACUCUGACCUGCAGAGCUGACAAUCAACAUGUCAAGGCAGGUGCUGAGGAGGACUCCUGGAAACUCAACAUAUACUUCAUUCCAGUACUUCAACUGGAGCUUGGGUCAAAGAUGAAUCCAAAUGACAUUGAAGAAGGUGAUGAUGUUUACUUUGAAUGCAAGAUCCACGCAAACCCAGCAGCAUAUAAAGUCGUUUGGAGACAUAACAACCAAGUUGUGCAGCACAACCAGAAGCUUGGUGUCAUAGUCAGCAAUCAGGACCUGGCCCUGCAGUCGGUCAAGAGGAACCAAGCAGGGAACUACACUUGCACAGCUUCUAACGUGGAGGGUGACGGCGAGAGUAACAUGGUGCAACUCAAAGUCAUGUAUGCACCGAUGUGUAAGCCAGACCAGAAGCGUGUGUACGGGGUGGCCAAGGAGGAGCGUGCCAACGUGCUGUGCGAGGUCGACUCGUAUCCUCAGCCUGAAGAGUUCGUGUGGAAGUUCAACAACAGCGCGAUGACCCAGGAGGUCGCCCCUGAGAGAUACACCUCCGCACUCCUGCUCAGGAUGUCGACUCUUACCUACAUACCACAGAACGAGCUCGACUUUGGCACUGUCAUGUGUUGGGCCAAGAACGCGGCGGGAGCUCAGUUAGAGCCGUGUGUGUUUCACAUAAUCGCCGCUGGACACCCUGAUCCACCACUGAACUGUACGGUGACCAACCAGACGUCGGAGUCGCUGGAAGUAGAGUGUCUAGAGGGGUUCGAUGGUGGCCAGCAGCAGAAGUUCCACCUAGAGGUGCGAGACGUGGUCACAGAGAGGCUAGUAGCCAACAAGACCUCACUCAGGCCAAGCUUCCUUGUGGACGGUCUGGGCCCAGGCAGAGUCAUGCGAAUGUUGUUGUACUCCAGUAACGCCAAGGGCAAGAGUGACGCGCUCAUCGUUGAGGGGUUCACACUCAAGGCGGCCGAGAAACAAACAGGUCCACCCGUGGGGCUUGACGUGAUGCCACUGGUAGGGGUGGGUCUCUUGGCAACGACAGUGCUGCUGGUGUGCCUCGUGAUCGUCCUGGGGGCGAUACGACUGAGGACUGGCGGGGGCGCGGCACAGAGACCUCAGGUGCUUGCCAUCAAGGACAAAGCCACGCUGCCUCUUCGCUCCGACGUGCAAGACCUCUACGACAUGGACGACAAGAACCCUGACCUCAUACCGUGCAAUAAAGGUUCAGACUACCAGCUCGUGUCGAACGUCGGGACACCAGCUGCUGGUGACGUCACCACACCCACGCCGCCAACAGCGCCGCUGUACGACGACAAUACACCUCGCAACAACGUCAUCUCCAGGAAUGGCGACCUCUACGAUAAUUAUAAGAAUAACUACUUAUCUCAGCGGCCUAGUGAUGACGUGACAUAUGCAGAGCUCUGUCUCAGUAGACCUACCAGUCUCGUGGACCGAGGGAGAGAUCCUACGAUAUAUGCUGAGAUUGAUCACAACCGUCGUGCCAACCUCCCUCAUUCGUUGGUGUCUCCUGCCACGCACCGUGAAAUUGUGACCGUGAGGACUCCUCUCAUGGGAAGCCAGCAAGAGAGCUGUGUAUAGCUUGUUUUGGCUGCUUAAAUAUUAUUUUAUAUUGUUAACUAAUAUCGAGCAAAGUAUUAAAUUCAGAAUGUUUGCGUGCAACUAAAUUUUAAAAGCUCUAUACUCAAUGUUUUUAAUCAAACUACUCAUCAUCCAUGCAAAGCCAUAGAUGAUAGUUUAUUUUUAAUUCAAGUCAAGUAACAAAACCCAUCAAACAAUGAAACAAAGCUAGUUAAUUGAUUGGGCGUGAAUGUUGAUAUGGUCAUUGUUCUUGUUAAUAACAAAAUACUACUAUUACCAAUUAGGAAAAGUAAAAUAUUUACUUUUUUUUAAGGGUAUAUACGUUGAUUACUGUAAUGUUAUCUUUAUUAUUCCUAAUGUAGUUGAAGAUUAUUUGCAUUUAAUACAACCCGACGAGAUUAUGAAUUCCAAUUAACAAAUACCAAUUCGGUUAAGUUUGUCAAAGAAAAAUACAUAUAAAAUUGCAUCUUUUAAAACGAAAUAAAGCGUGCAAUGCCUUUCUGAUUUUGAUACUUUGUUUUAUAAAUACGAGUGAUAAAUUUGGAAGUAAUAAUUGAAAGAAAGUGACACGCAUUAACCUAAAGUUACUACUCUAUCACUAGAAUCUAGGAAAUUUAAUUAUGUGUACAUAUUUGUAAAUUGUUCAAAUAGGGUACUAUUGAAAUGUUUUUAUCCUAAUACUAUUUAUUUAAAUGACCUGUGAAUAUAUAUUUUUUUUAUAACUAAAUAAUUCAUAUCUUUUAAAUUUUCAUAGGCCUACCAUAGUCAUAUCUUUUGAAAUGCUGCAUAUCGUAUUACAUACCUGAAAUAGAUCAAACCUAAAGUUAAGUUUGAAUAAUUAUUGUAGUUUUGCUCUGAACAAAACAUAUAUUAAAUUGUACCUGAAAAUCAUAUCGGUAUUGAAAAUAAACUUAGUAAUUACUGAGACUCUCAUCACUAUUGUCAUAACUCAGAGGAGAACGGAAAAUAUGUUAUAAAAUAUGUUAUUAUAAAAUAUUGUAGUGGGUUGAUUUACAAGCUGACGUUUGGGUGUAUAAAUUGUAUUUUGAAACCAAUGAACCAAAGAUCACAAAUAUUAAACUACAUUAAAUGACAAGUAUUUAUAUUUAUACAUUGAUUGAUAAAAUAUCAAUCUUCAUUCAUAUUCUUCAGUGAAUAACUUCACAUGAAGGUAAUAAGAAGUAUGAAAGUACAUGAUUGACAUAAUCUCACAGAGCUAUUCUUGUGGCAACAUUAACGAGGGCAUACAUCUUUUCAUGACUCAGUUGUGUGAAAAUGAAUACAUGAUACGAAACAAAAACUCAUAUUGCGAUAUUUGUUUGAAUAGCAUACCCUGUUUAAUUAAAUAAUUUCAAUUUAUGCAUUCUGAAUAAGCAGAAUAUUGAACAAGGCUAGUCUCGAGGCAGUCAAUGCAAAAUAUAUUAAUUUAGUAUAGGUACUUUUUGAAUGUGCACACAUAUUACAUAUGCAAUCAUGUAAUGUUUUAAUUUCUAGGCCCUAAGGACCCAAAGGUCCUAAGGAUGCUAUACAUAAAAAAAAUAUAUAAAAACACUUUACACGCUCGAAAGUGUUUGAUCUACAAAUAGUUUUAAUGUCAGGGCUACAAGUUUAUAAUUUAUAAGAUUUCUUUGAACAGAAAUUUAGUCUGUCUAUGUUUUCAAAAUCCAUUCGAUAGUUGAUACUAUCAUUAUAACAUACUAUACUUAUUAUAACAUUCCCUUUUUAAAAAAACCCUCCUACAAUGUGAUGCGGAAGGAAAAUCAUAAUCAAGCAAAGAUUAUAUGCAUUUUAUUGUCAUUUUUUUAUUAAUUAUACUAUUUUAACUAAUUAAAUUGUAUUAAACUUUGCCAUUUACGUCAACACAGGUGAAAAGUUAAAUUAUUUUAGACCGUUGUAACACCUGUUAUGCAGUUAUUUACUUCAACAUGACUUUGUUAUUAUUGUACAUAUAGAUAACUUGUAAGAAGCAUUAUGUAGAAAACUCUGUAUAUAUUUAAAGUAAUCGUAUACAGUUUUGUAACUAAGUAAUACUAUUGAUAAGCUAUUUAAAUAGAACACACAAUGUUGAUGGAUAAGUUUCGUACAGUUGUAAAAUAAAAUAAUAUUUGUAAAAUUUCUAUUAUAAUUAGAUAUAAAUAUUUUGAAUCGUGUAUCCAAAGACCAAUACUCGCGAAGAUCUAGUGAAUCGCUCUCCAUAUUUCCUCACAAUUCGAUAUCUGUGUGGUUCAAAGUGUUUUCUCUUUAUCUGUUAACUACAAUUGUCUUAAUUGGGACUGCAGACUGUUUGUUACAAAAAUACAACUUGUUUGAUAUUUCACAUUGUUUUACUUUAUAUUUAAGUGCCAUUUCCUCUUAAAGACUUUU